AUGAAGGCCACUACCAUUUUCAAUAUUCUUCUCGCUGCUGGCACCACUGCCGUCGCGGCUCCUACCAAGCGAGCUACAGAAUUCGAAGGUGUCACGAUCAACAGCUUGUCUGCCACUCUGAGCGAUACACUGGGAUCUGUUCAAUUGAGCUUUACCGAUCCUAACUACGAUGACAGUACCAGCUUCAGCAUGAACUGGGAUCGCCCCGGCCAGCCUCCCGCUGACACCUGGUCGGCUGACAAUAAUUACCUCCUCUCGUUCCCAGCUGGAGUCGACGAGAUUGAGCAAUUGAGCUUUGUCGUUAAAAGAUCUGGUGCAUCGGAGACUAUCUCGGUUUCUGUGAACAACGAAUCUGCGAGCUCUGUGUGGACCUGUGACCCGCUUGGUGGAGUUCCAGGGACCCAGAGAUGUUAUGCUGCGGCCCAGGCUACUAUCACUCCUACUUCUUCUUAG